GACAGCGGCGGAGGGGGCCGGGCCGAGCCCUCACCUGCCCCUCACCCCGCACCUGCCCGGGGAGCGCCCGCAGCGCAGCACCGCCCCGCGGGGAGGAGAAAGGAGAGAGGCGCGGCCGGGCCGCCCCGCUCCGCUCCCUUCGACGAAGGCGGCGGCGCGGGCGGAUCCGUCACCUCCGCGGGAGCGGCCGCAGGUGCGCGCUGCCCGCGGGUCCCGGCAGCUCCGCCUCGGGGGGGUUCGGGCGGCGGAGCGCUGCGGCGGCCUCACCUGUGGCUGCGGGAUGGCGGAGCUCGCUCUCAGCCCCGCCGCCGUGCUGGGCUUCCUGCGGGAGCGCGGCGGGUGGGCGAGCAACGCCGAGCUGCUGGGCGCCUUCCGGCCGCUGCUGGAGGCCGGCGGGGACGCGGCGGAGCGGGCGGAGCGGCGGGAGCGCUUCAAGCAGGCGGUGAACGCCGUGGCGGUGGUGAAGGAGCGGGAGGGCACCAAGUUCGUCGUGCUGCGGCGGCACCUGCGGCCCGGCCCGUCCCCGGAGCAGCGCGAGGAUGGCGGUUCCGAACCCCCGUCCGAGGGGCGGCUGUCCCCGUCGCCCCCCGAGGAGCUGCCGUCGCCUCGGGCCGUGUCCGAGCUCCGCGGGCUCUUCCAGGCUGAAGGCGGCGGGGUGCCGCAGCCCCCCGGGGGGGGCAAUGUCCGAAAGGAGCCGCUCCCCAAGCCCUGCAUGCUGCCGGUGCGUUGCGUGCCGGCCUCGACUGCCCCCAACGCUGCCACGGCCCCGGGGCCGCCCGAAGAACCGAAGACCGCCGCAUCGCCCUCACCUGAGGAGGAGGACGGCGGGUGCCGCUCGCCCAGCCUGCGCCGGGCCCACAAGAACCACCGGGCCAGCGAGGAGCCGACGGAGGUGCCACUGGAAGAGGCUGAGCACCGCUGGCUGCUGAUGGCGGCCGAGGGGCAGUGGUCCCAGCAGCUCCACGGCUUGCUGCUGGUUGACGCCAGCCUGGCGGCACGGAGGGACUUCAUCUCGGGCUUCACCGCCCUGCACUGGGCUGCCAAGAGUGGGAACUGCGACAUGGUGAGGAACAUCAUCGAAGUGGCGGAGAAGGAGGGGGCCCGCGUCAACGUGAACGCCAGGUCGCACAGCGGCUACACAGCGCUGCACCUCGCCGCCAUGCACGGCCGGGACACGGUCAUCGCCAUGCUGGUCCACAGCUACCACGCCAAGAUCGACCUGAGGGACUACAGCGGGAAGAAGCCACACCAGUACUUGAAGGAUGGGACCUCCGUGGCGAUCAGGCGCUUACUGGGGGACCCCGUGCUCCAGCACCCCACGGGACCCACGCUGCCCAUCAAGAAGAGCACCAAGAUCGCUGCUUCCAUCCUGAGCUCCACCAGCACUUUCCUGGGGGUCAUUUCCGAUGACAUGGCUUUCUACGAUCUCACCAAAGGUUUGAGGAAGCCUUCGUCCUUGAACAAGCUGCUGGCUGCCACCACAGGCCCCAGGAGGAAGCCGAAAACCAGAGGGGGAUUCCCUUCGUACUGCUCGCUCUCCGAGGUGGUGGAGGAGGAGGAGCACGAGGAGGCUGUCAUGAAGCGCCGGCCGGUUUCCGAGCUGUUCUUUGGCCAUUAGACUCUGCCUUCCCAGGGUCAGAAUCAUUCAGGAGCGUGACUGGGGAGCUUGGUUUUCUCUCGCAGAAGUAAAUUGGAUUUCUUCUCCCCGUGUCUUUCUUUUUGGAAGUUAAACUGAAUGGGUGAUGGGGUCUGGCUCCGCAGGUCGCUGGAUGAAGCCCAGCUCUCAGAAGCUUGAGAAGGAGCUGCCCCAGGAGCGCUGCAGUGCUGCUGGUACCUGUUGUGAAGGCCACAAACGUUGCCCUUCAUGGCUGAAAAGCUGCAACAACCUCUCUGUGUGUAGACGGGCUAAAUGCUUAAGGUACAGCUUCUUGUUCUGCGUUCCUCAGCUGAAGAGCUGCGUGUUUUACACUGUGAACAGCACGCUGGUAGCUGGCUGCUUUAACGUGGCUUGUUCUACAGCAGGCUGAAAUUAUUAGGAGAAAGAUGCAUAGUUUUCUAUGAUGAUUCUGAUUGUUUUGGUAACAGAAGAGGAAUAUUUCUAUUUUAAAAUGGUGUAUUUAAUUUUUUUCAAAGCAAAGUUUCUCACUAUCGGAAACACUAAAGUGUCUUAAUCAUUGCCUAAAGCUUUUUCUUUGACGAGGUUAAAAAGCAAAAAGGAGGAAAAAAAACCAAACAAACAACCCAACACUUGUUGCUCUGUGUCCAUGAUCUGUCUACCUCAGUGGGAAGCUGUUUGCAUUUCUCAUUGCGUUCCCUUCCCGAAGGACUUUGGCCAGGUGGUGCCGACCAUGCCUUGAUACCGUGAACAUUUGGCUGCAGUUCAAUCGCUUCAUCUGAAUGAGCACGUUUUUGAUAUCGGAUGGCAUAUAAAAAGAAAAAAGUGAAGUGAGAAAGUAGGCAUGGGAUCCUGCGGAGUAUCCGAGCAGCAGCUGGAAGCAGGGAGGCUGCCACGGCGGAUUCUUUUAUUUAAGAUUUGAACUUUGAUUUUGAACUAUUGGGAAACAAUAUUUAUUUUAAAAAGCGGGCUUUGUUCUGUUGGGUGUUUCAUGGCAGAAUGUGUGCAUGGCCUCUGAAAGCAACGUGUAUCUCAACAGCAUGAGAUGUUGAUCUAAAACUCGCUGUACUUCUGUUGUGUUACAGACAUAGUUGUUUUUUUUCUGUAGAACUGUAUGCAUUACUUGCAGUUGGCGUGCUGUUCGGAGCUACGUUCGCAACGAGACGAUCGUUUUUUUAAGUUACUCAUUUAAAGUUGCCUUGAAAUGAAGAGGCAGAGCUGAGAGCAGCAGCUGCUGCCUGCUGUGCUGCAGAACCAGCCCGCUUCUGAGCUCACAACGCAACCGCAGAGCUGUGAGAUCAGAGGGGACGGCAGCUCUGCGCGUGCUCUGCUCCCAGCCCCAGUCAGGUGUUUUGGUUUCCCUGCAACACUUGUUUGCAUGCCAUGCCUUUCUUUCCAAGCCAGCGACUUCAGGAAUGUGUCUUUCAGCCUUGAAUUAAGCCUGGUGCUUCCUCUGCACCUGCAGUUGGCUCAGCGUUUGCUGUAGGACCGCGCUGAAGGUGACAGCAGCUCCUGCAUGCCCCCCACCCUGAUGUGCUGGUGCUGCCCGCAGGAGGGGCCGAGCUGCUGCUCUCACAGGCAGGGAUUAGCUUUUUUUGUCGCUCUGCUUCUGUGUCGAACUAAUUAACUCGUUAAGAGAAUGUCAAUGAUCAAGCACCUUGUGACUUAUGUAUCUGGAGCUGGGUUAAAAAGAAUACUAAUGAUCUCUGAUUUCCUCCAUAUCUGUUGGUGUGACCUCUGACCAGUGUGGUCGUUUGAAGCCUUGAUUUGUACUGCAGCAUUGGCUCUUGGGGCUGCAGGAAAACGUCUGUCACCCUUCUUUAAUGUUUUAGUGACAUUAAACACUUUUUUUUUUUGCUGCAGCUCUUGAAACCA